GUCCAAAUAAAAAGGAAAACGGAAGGCCCUGCAAUCUGCCUCAUUCCAUUACCGCGGUCUCAGCUCUCGCUUCUUUCAAGCUGAAGCGAAGCAAACGACGUAACAGUAGAUUCAGCAUCGGAUAAUAUUUCAGACGGAAAUUUUGUUAAUUUUGAAGGUGGAGCUUUGUUAGAAUCUGCCAUGAACCGUCCUCCUGCUCAAUUUGCCCACCCAUCCUUCACUCUCAUUCCCUCAAAUCCUAAUCCUAACCCCAACUUCUUCCACUCUCAGCCACAAAACACACAACCUGCAAUCCCCACUCCUCCUUUGCCUCCUCCUGACCUUUCUACCACAAUUUCAUCUCUCGAUAGCCUCGUUCGCGACUCUUACCAGACCCUUGACUCACUUUCUGCCCUCCUCCCUCUUGAAAACCCAAAUUAUAACAACCCCCAGAGUUCCCUCAUCCCCUGCCCUUUCAACCCCCACCACCGUGUGCAACCUCACUCCCUUUUCUCCCACUCCCUCCACUGCCCAUCUCAUCCUCACCCUCUCCCGCACCUCAAUUACCCCAAAACUCUCAAAUCCUCUGACCAAUCUCAAAUUGAAAAAAGUUUUCUCCAAACUCUUCAUGGCUCAGAGGCUGACCUGUGCUUGUCUUUGGAGCAUUAUUAUGCAGAUUUUGGUUCAAAUUUCUUCUACAGUGACUGCCCUGGUGUUGUUAACUUUUCUGGUCUGGAUGGUGUCAACAGAAUGUUUACACUUCCAUUGAUUUUGUCUGUUGAGUGUGCAAAUUUUAUUGGUAGAGGAGAGAGAGAAAUUACGGAUUUUGAGAAAGCGUGGUGUAGAAUUCUUCCAUCUGAGUUGUGGGCUAUUAAAACCGAAGUUGAGAGCUGGAAUGAGUUUCCUUUUACGUACUCGUACCGCGUUCUUUGUGCCAUUUUGGGGUUGGGUGUGGUUAAAGAGUAUGAUGUAGGCACAUGGAUAAUUGCAAAUUCACCACAAUAUGGCAUUGUGAUUGAUGUGGCCAUGAGGGAUCAUAUAUUUUUGCUUUCCAGGCUGUGCUUGAAGGCUAUUUUAAGGGAAGCUUUAAGUAAGGUAAAGGAAGGAGAUCCAGAGAGUACGCAUUUUGAGUGUCCCACUUUGGUUCAAGCUUUGAUGUGGCUAGCCUCUCAGCUUUCCAUACUGUAUGGUGCACAGAAUGGGAAAUUAUUUGUCAUAAACGUCCUUAAGAAAUGCUUAUUAGAUGCUGCACUGGGCUCCUUAACUUUCCCAUUGGAGCAACAGGUGACAGAGUAUCCUGCUUUAGAAGAGGGUUCGUUGAAUUUGGAUGCCAAUGGCAGUGGUGUUAGGGAUGCUGAAGUUAUGAAACCACUAAGUACAGAUGGUGGAGGGAAUAGCAUGGUGAAGGAAAACAUUAUCAGUAGGGUGGUAUUUGUGUCCCAGGUUGCAGCAGCCGUUGCAGCAUUGCAUGAGAGGUUCUUGCUAGAAGAAAAACUUAAGGCACAACGGGUUUCACAAACCUUUUCUAGAUAUCAACGGAUGGUUGAUCAUGAUUAUGUGUCACAGAGAGCUGAUGAGAAGCGGAAAAACCGAGGUCAAUAUAGACCUAUUAUUGACCAUGAUGGGCUCCCUCGGCAGCAAUCAUGUAACCAGGAAACAAACAAGACUAAGACUAGAGAGGAGUUAUUGGCAGAAGAAAGAGACUACAAAAGACGAAGAAUGUCAUAUCGUGGAAAAAAGGUGAAGCGAACAACUUUGCAGGUUAUGAGGGAUAUUAUAGAGGAGUACAUGGAGGAAAUCAAGCAAGCUGGAGGGAUUGGGUGCUUUGAGAAAGGAACUGAAGGGGAAGGGAGCUUUCCAUUUGAACUACCAUCAGCUCCUGAAAUCACCACCGAUGCUGAAAAGCCAACAAAAAGCAAUUAUGACUCAGCUGGAUGUAGCCCAAGUCAUAGCAGGAAACAGUCCCAUUCUAGUUAUUAUGCUAUUGAUUCUGCAACAUCCAAGGAUGCUUCUGCCAAAGGUAGCAAAAAACUAAGACGGAGUCUUCAGGGACAUCAUCACUAUCUAGAAGAUCAUAGAAGUGACAGUAGGGACAGACAUGAUAUGGUGAAACAUUCCAGAAGUCCAGAGAGUCGCAGAAAUCCUGGAUGGGCACACGGACAGAUUCGUCAUCACAGGGAACGAGAUGAUCUGGAGGUGAGAAAGACCAAGCACCGUGAAAUCAGUUGGUCAUCUUCUAGCAUAUCCAAGUAUCGUGAUAAUAGAUCAUCUUCUCAGUCAAAUUCGAGUGAGAAUUCAAAAGUUAGAAGGGAUAGGUACACAUAUGAGAAUCAUAGUUCAAACUCUGUGGUACAAAAUACUUUUGAGGAUAGAUAUGAUCCUUUGAUAUCUCGUGACAUAUAUGAAGAGGAUCUUUCUACUAACAGAAAAUAUGCUAGAGUGGGCAGAUAUUCUGAAAACGAGAAAAGUCCUGACUACCAUUAGAAAUCUGAGUGCGAUGUGGCACAAAGUCAUCAGGCUUCAACAAUUUUAACUUCAUCUGUAUCCUCCUUUUGUAUCCUUGAAUUUUUUAUUAUUAUUUAAAUUUCUUCCCCCAUUCUCAUUCUGAAUAUAUCAAAACAUUGCUCGUACUGGUUAUUCCCAUAGUCAUCGUGAUUUUUUACCCUCGUCAAUUAGCAUCAUGGUAUCAGUUGAGACUGAUAUCCUGUUCUCUGUUUCUUUGCAUUAAAGCUUAAUGUGUCUAAAAUAAUAUAAAUCCUUACGGAAGGAGAGCAAGGUCAUUGGCUUAGAGAGGCCGCGGUACAAGAUCCCAAUAUGCAAAUAAGGGUAAACAGAUACGAGAAUUCCCACAGCUUCUGAUAGAAUGCUAAAGAAGUUCAUGAAGGAUUGCGGAUGAAGCAUGGUACCGGCACUUUGACCGUUAUUUCGAUGCAACAGUUUUUGCUCAUAUAAUGCAGUUCUGUUAUGAUUCCUAUGAGUUUAUACAAAUCUGAGGAAGUGCAUAUGUAACUCCUAGGUUCUUUUUACCCCAUUGCAAUAUGCUGAUGGAAGAAGAAUGUUUGUCAUGUAAACAUCCAGAUAAACAAUAAUAAAGAUGGUUGAUACUUACUUACAC